AUAACUGCAGAUUUUUUAUGAUGCUGGUGAUGUGUAACGGCGAAGUGGAGGUGUGGUGACAAGUUAGCGGCGUAGUGCAUUUACCAUUGGCAUUUAGAAGGACUGCAGUUCGCAGUGGGUGCACAGGUAAAUGCAUCCAAGCCCCAUGAUGCACAGCAAAUGGUAGUGUUGGCAGUCUCCAGCCAAGCAAUGUUGACUGGCAGACAUGCAGGCCUCCAGCUGAGCCUUAUUUUUUGCUGACUGGCUCAGCAAUCAAUUCAGCAGCCAAGACUCUUGGAGGCAAACAGCACACAAUUCAGCUCAGCGUCACUGCCUGGUUGGGGCCUUAAACCUUCAUCAUGUUUUCUGCCUUGAGAAAGUUUGCCAGCAAAAAUGAGCCAACUCCAGCACCUGUGUCGAGCAAUGUGCAAGCCAUGUCCUCACAGCUGCAGAGGAAAUUUGCCAAGGGCAUUCAAUAUAACAUGAAAAUUGUGAUAAAAGGCGACAACAACGUGGGCAAAACUUGUCUCUUCAACCGUCUCCAGGGAAAGACUUUCAGUGAAACAUAUCAGUCAACUCCAGAAAUCCAGGUGGCGAGCAUACAGUGGUCGUACAAGGCCACCGAUGACGUGGUCAAGGUCGAGAUCUGGGACGUCGUCGAUAAGGCGAAGAAGAAGAAGAAAAUGGAAGGCCUGAAGCUGGACAACAGCAGCGCGGCCGUGCCGGACGAGGUAGCACUGGACGCCGAGUUCCUGGACGUCUACAAGGGCACCCACGGCGUCGUCAUGGUGCUCGACAUCACCAAGGCCUGGACGUUCGAGUACGUGCAGCGCGAGGUGCCGCGCAUCCCGGGCCAUAUCCCGGUGCUGGUGCUGGGCAACCACCGCGACAUGGGCCACCACCGCCAGGUGCGCGAGGACGACGUGCGCUUCUUCGCCGAGAACGUCCAGAGGUCGGUGCCUGACGGCGACGCGCUGGUGCGAUACGCACCGAGUCGUCCAUGCGGAAACGGCUUCGGCCUGAAGCUACUGCAUCGUUUCCUGAACGUGCCGUUCCUGACGCUGCAGCGCGCCUGCCUGGUCACCCAGCUGGCCACCAACGAACGGGAGACGGAGGCCACGCACCAGGAGCUCGACCUCUACGAGGAGUCGGAAGAGGCCAACUACGACCGUGUGGGUGGCGUCAGGGAAGCGAAGCCGAGCUGGCUGCCGUCUGGCGUGUGGGGUGGCGUCGGGGAGCGGGCCCAGCUGGCUGCCGGUCUGGCGUUCAUCGACCAGCUGGCCAACAAGCGGCGCCAGACGGCAGACGCCAACGCGCCGGCGCAGAAGAUGCCGCACUCACAGACGACAGUGGCACUAAACUCGGCCGGAACUCGCCAGGCCGGCGAACGUGUUACGUGA